UGACAUCAAGCAAGUCUAACCAGCCUCGUCUCAUUCCCGCCAUUCAACGAACAAAAGCCGAUAUAUUUUUUUUUUCCUUCUUGGCCGGAGGAAGCAGAUAUUAUCUCCACUAUUUUUAUUUUUAUUUUUUAUAAAUUAUUAGGAGUAAUUUAUUGUCAAUGGAAGCGGGAAGGAUCCUCCACAUCGGCAUUCAAUGGACCCCCAGGCGCCCUCAUCUUCCUCUUCCUAAUUUCCCGCGCUUUGUUAGGGCUUCUUCUAUUCAACGGGGAAGUUACAAAGGACCAAAGCCAAGCCGGGAUUGGAUCGCCGAUUGGGUCUCUAAGAACGACGACGCAGUCCGGAGCUUGCCAAUCUACGUCGGAGGAGCGUCUUUGUUAACCGUUCUCUUUAACCGUGCAGUCUCAGGGAUUGCUCCCGUUGCCGAUGCUAGCAGUUCACAGUCUAGAGCAGAUCUAUUAACACUUGGUUUGGCUGUGACCAGUAUAUUAACUGGACUAGUAUGGUUAUCUAUCCGACCAAAAUCUAUCACUCUGGUAGACCCUCAAGGAGUGGAAUGCCAAGUAUUUUAUCCUCAACUUUCUGAAUGGGUUGUCUCUGAGAUAUUUUGGGCUUGGGAAUCUCUUUCAGCCAUAACGUGCUGUAGGUCUCUAGUUAUUGUUUAUGACUGCAAAUGCAUUGUUCAAAUUGGUGCGGCAGCUAAAUCGCCUAAUGAUGGUGAACCUGUCAUUGUCGAUGCUGCAAAAUUGAUGCAGGGAUCACUUUGUAUAGGUGUUUUGAAGUCUGGAGCACAGAGCUACUUAGCCAACCUGUCUCUUUACCCUGGGAGGUCUGAGCUGCCAUUUUUGCCUUCAAAUACGCAGGUCUCUAAUCAUGUUUACUCUUUCUCAUGUGCACCUUCUUUUCAUGCAGUGGAGAGCUGGGAUUCUUUCAAUGCACUUUAUAGACUUUUUCUCCUCUUUGAGGAAUUUAGAUUCCUUUGAUACACUAAAUACUGAAGUUUGAAUCCAGGAGCAUAUCACCUAAAAUUGUUGCACUACAAUUGUCCAAUUACAAUCAUGAAGACCACACUUAUAACUGGCUGACCCUCACAUAAUUCUUUGUUGUGAUUGGAUAAUUGUAGAUUGUAGUGAAAAAUAACACUAGGUGAAAUACUCCUGUCAAAAGUUUUUUUUUUCCAACACCUUUUUUUGAUUCCUUGUUUCUCUUUUACAUAUUUUAUUUUCAAAUUUAUGUUCAAGGGAACAUUAUCACUUUUCUUCAACCAUACAGGGUUCCUUUUUUUU